AUGGACGGUGAGACGAUUACCUUCGAAAUCAUUCGAUCAAACGAUGGCACUCACGUAAUAAAAGAUUCUUUUGAUGUCGAUGUGUUGGAAGAUGAGCGAUCGUUGGAUUUAACCCGAUGUCGAAUCUCAAAGAUUCCUAACAUUCCUUCACUGCCACAGCUUGAUUCUCUUUGUCUGCGAUGGAAUCUUUUAAAGAAGAUCGAAGGCCUUAACGAGCUUACGUCUCUUACGAAGCUCUCUUUGUAUGACAAUCAAAUUGAGAAGAUUGGGGGCUUGGAAACAUUAACGAAUCUCCGCUUGUUGGAUCUCUCGUUUAACCGAAUCACAAAAAUUGGAGGUUUAUCUACAUUAACACGUUUGGAAACUCUUUACCUUGUCAACAACAAGCUCACAAAAAUUGAAGGAUUGGAUACGUUAUCGGAGCUGACCCUACUUGAACUUGGCGACAAUCGGAUCACUAAAAUCGCUGGACUUGGCAAUCUUCAAAAGUUGGAAAAGCUCUUUCUCGGAGCCAAUCAGAUUCGUGUCAUUGAAGGUCUGGAACCACUUGGUGAAUCACUGAAGACUCUUUCUCUUCCUGGAAAUGCUCUCACUGAAAUCACGGGUCUGAACGAGUUGCACAAUCUUCAGGAAUUGAGCCUCGCCCAGAAUGGGAUCUCUCAAAUUAAAGGACUCGAAAUAUUGGAGAAGCUGAAGUGCCUCGACUUGAAUGAAAAUCGCAUCGAAUGCAUUGAGAAUGUUGGCCAUCUUCACUCGCUUAGUCGAUUUUGGAUUCGUGCAAACAAGCUCACUUCAUGGGAUGAAUUGUCAAUUCUUGCCACUCUUCCAUCACUUCAAUCGGUUGCUUUUGAGAUGAAUGGGAAUAUCUACUCGAAUACGCAGAAAUAUCGAAACCGUGUAGCUCAAACGUUGCCUCAGAUUAAAGAAAUUGACGGUUUUCCGACGAAAUGGCGUACAGGCGAUCCGUGGCAAGAGUUGAGCGAUGAAGAAGCCGAUGAUGGUGAUGAUGUGGUUGAGGAGGAGACAUUGAGCACCGAAUGGGAAGAGAGUCACACGCAAGAUUCGGAAGAGGAGUACUAUCGGGAGAAGAGUCAAUUCGAGGAUAACAGUCUCAUCAUUGAUUUCGACCGUGACGUCACCGAUCUCGAGAAGAAUGAGUCAAAGAAAAGA